GUCGUCUUCAUAACAAAUCCACGAUCAGGAAGUGCUGCUGAGAGAUACAGUAGUAGGAUAGAACUCAAAGGUUAAAGACUCGUUCCCUCUUCUUGUAACGCACCUUUAUAAAGCCUGAUUCGUUUUACAGCAGGGUUAAAUCUGGCAGCAGGAAGAAGCCUCCACAUCAGCAUCCACCCGCCUGACUGUGGACGCGCGGCCCCGCUGUAGCGCCAUGCCUCUGUUUCGGGCGUGUUCUGGGCCCAAGCUUGUGCCUGGGAGGAGGAGGAUAAGGAGAGCUAAGUGGACCGGGCGAGUCCGGAAGACGGAGGAGGACGGUUCCGUGCCUCCCCUGACCCGCCUGUGUCUGCUCAGCCUCGCUGACCACAUGAAGGACGUGUGGGCAAAAGACUACGCUGACAACUACUUAGACCAGUACUCAUUCAGACACAUCAUGGGUCCUUUCAACUUACUGCCAGGUGACCUGGUUGAGGAGCUGCUCCAGCUGUUGUGCAGCAGACAGCAGCUGUCCCGGGCAGCUCUACACCUCCUCCUGCUGCCCCAGCUCCGAAGCCUGUCUCUGCACUCGUGUCCCGGUUUGGUGACCUCCGCCCUCUGUGGCCACAUCGUUGCACGUUGCCAGGGUCUGUGGAGUCUGGACCUGUCCGGAGCGCAGCAGCUUCCUGCCAAGGCCCUGUCAGAAACUCUCUGCUGUUUGUCCAACUUGCGCUCGCUCUCGCUGGCUGGCAUGCCUUGUGAUGGAUUUACAAUCCGGACAAUUGCUCGCGGCUGCCGUUUGCUGCGCCAUCUAGACGUGUCUCGUUGUCAUCUCAUAUCCCCUGCAGCACUGCUUUCUCUUGGAGGUGGGGCUUUCUGUUCUUCCUCUUGCAGUCAUUCCAACUCCCAGUCUCAUUCCUCCGUUUUCACCCCAUCCUCUGACCCCUCGUCCUCUUCCUCUAUCGCGCCGCUGUCUCCUCUGCCCCUUAGCUCUCUGCUGGCUCUGGAUAUUGGAUUUGGGGAUCAAGAGAAAGACCCUGUGGCAGCAGCAGCCUACCUGCUCUUGUCUCUUCCGUGUCUGGAGAGAAUUGCCAUUGAGGGCUUUACUCAGGCCUGCUGCCUCAUUAGACACAGAGAGUUUAGCUGGACAAAUGAGUUUGCUGACAGAGAAGGAGUUCCCAGGCUAGAGGAGGUGUGGAGGGAGAGGAGACGCAAUCUGCGAGUGAAUAGUUUGAGCAAGAACAUAGAGGAAGCAUCAGCAGAAAAAGAAGAAGAUGAUGAGGAGGAGGAAGGUCUGUUAUUGUGGGGGGAGAAUAGUUUUGACAUUGAAGAAGCUGCUAGUAGAAGUAACCAAGCAGAGCAAAAGAGGAAAGGAGUUCUGUCACAGCCAGAUGAUGAAUGCAUAACUCUGCACCUUAAAGAUGUGAGGGGGUUGACUUGUGAUUCUCUUGAUAGUUUAGGUCAUUUAUGUCCGGACCUCAUGUCAAUGUCCAUCAACAUUGAUGGUGAAGAAGAGACUAGAGGAGCAGGCCUGGGCUCUCUGUUGGCUGCAGGCCUUCAGACUUGGUCCGGUCAGUUGCGGUACCUCUCAGUACAGUUCUCAGGCCCUCUUUUGCGUCUCCUUCCUGCCUUGAAAGUGUCAGGGUCCUCGCUGGCCUCUCUCACCCUGGAGGGGGUGAAAACCAGCCCUCACACCCCUCUGCUAGAAGUGAUGCAGGCCUGUCCCAGACUCAGAGACCUAGACAUUUCUGCUGAGCCCCCUUGCAGGCAAGUGGAAGAAGAAGAUGGAGGGGAUCAGCAGGACGAUCGGGAUCAUCCACGACUGCCUAACCUCUGCUCUCUCAGACUUAAUUUCUUCUAUGAGCACAGCCAGAUGAAACCCAUUAUGUCCUGGAUGGCCCUGAAAAAGGUGCUAAAGUGUCUCCUGGCUGGAUCACCUUUGCUGGAGAAGCUUUCUCUGGUCGCCCUGCCAUGCCCGCUGGACUCUGUUUUAGAGGAUGUUCUGCAGGUAGUUGACCUAAAUCUCCCAGAUGCCACUGACCCGGCUCCCGUGCCACUAGGACGUCUACAGCACAUUGGCCUGCCACGCUCAGAUGUGAAGAUGGUGACAGUGAAAAGUAUAAUGCAACGGAGUCAGAGACUGAAGUCUGUAGACGUGAGUUACUGCUGGCAGAUCAGUCAGAAGGAGUGGCUGGACUGCAGGAGGUUCAGUAAAGUCCAUGUGGUCUGGGUGUAGUGGGAUUGAGGAAUAAGUGCAUUGGUGUCUCAGUUUGUCUGAUUACAGAUAUAGCGUUUUCUAAUAUUGUAACAGGUGCAAGUCAUAUUUGCAAGUAACAGCAAUAUUGUUUACAUUUAUAUAAACAACAACAUUUUAGUUUUUAUUACUAAAGAGCCUUUUGUCAAUCAAGGAGAAACUGGGUGCUGUGUAUUAUGUUUCCUUUUAAUACACUAUAGUUAUACAUUUACAAGCAAUUGUAAUUAAUAAUUAAUAUAGACAGUUACGUUUUUUAUGUAUUAUAUAAUUGUAUUUUUAUUUUAAAGAAAAACUUUAUUAUCUGGACUGUUGUUGUUGCUCUGUUUAGAGGGGACUAGGAAGAAGCAGCAAAACAAACAAACAAACGUUUAACGGCAGAUUCAGUUUGGGGAAAAUCAGACUGAACAAAAUUAUGGUGAUGUCAAGGCAAUCUAAAUUCAAGUGUAUUUCUUGACAUGAUCUCAAACAAAUAACAUUUAAAAUUUUUGUACUUUAAUAAUAUGUAAUGUUGUUUUUAUGCCUCACAGAAACAGUCACUUUAGCUCUGGAAGAAAUUAAAGUUCUGAAUAAAUGUAA